CAUAAUAGAAGGGGGUAGAGGGAUGAUGAAAAUAAACGCAACAAAACUGUCAGAAAGACAACGUAACUGUCAGAUUCCUGUUAUAUAGCGGCCACUGCUGAUACUGUGACAACUCAAGAAAUUUGAGAAAUUUCGCUGUGAUUCCAGUGUUUAUAAAAGAUGUCUUACUAUGGAUCAGAUGCUAAUCUUCGACCGUUUGAAGACUCAUUUUCAGAAAAAAGUAUUCGACAUGCUUUUAUCAGGAAAGUUUACACCAUCAUUAUGUUUCAACUUGCUAUCACAACUGCAUUUAUAUGCCUGUUUCUGUAUGAGCCUAAUGUCAAGCUAUAUUCCAUGGAGCAUCCUGCGAUGUUCUGGGUGGCUUUUGCUAUGACUUUUAUUAUGAUUAUUGUACUGAGUUGCUGUCCUGGUGUUCGUAGAAGUUUUCCUUCAAAUUUUAUAUGCCUCUUUCUUUUUACAUUCUUUGAAUCAUUCCUGUUGGGAUCUGCUGCAAGUUACUAUGACACUGAGGCUGUAAUGAUAGCUGUUGCCAUCUGUGCUGUAAUAUGUUUGGCUCUUACCAUCUUCGCAUUCCAGACAAAAAUUGAUUUUACUGCCUGUUCUGGAAUAUUGCUAGUUGCACUUCUGAUACUGAUUAUCUUUGGAUUUUUUGCAAUUUUGUUUCCUGGGAAAAUUAUGCAGUUACUCUAUGCAUCAGGAGCAGCCCUGAUAUUUUCUGCUUACCUUGUAGUUGACACCCAGCUGAUGAUUGGGGGAAAACAUCAAUAUAGUUUGUCUCCAGAGGAAUAUAUAUUUGCUGCAUUAAAUAUCUACUUAGACAUUAUCAACAUUUUCAUGUCAGUUUUGCAAAUAAUAGGAUAUGCAAGAGACUAGGUAUCAUAGCAGACCUGAAGAAAAUCUUGCUCUUGUCGAAGAUAAAUUUUCCACGGAAUGGUGCAAAAAUGAAAGUCUAAUUGAGAGACUCAACUUUGAUCUGUGAAUGUUGUUUUACUUGUAAUUUUAAUGUUUCAUCUAGUCAUUUACAGCUGUUACUCCUAUUUGCAAUUGUUAUAAGUGUUAUUGUAUUAUUCGCUCUAUAUAAAUAAAGAAAUUUAAAAUCUG